CUUCUUUCCUCUUCAUUCCUCCUUCCCUGUGUAUCUUCUUAACACUCCCAUUUUUAACCGCUUAUCGUUCCAUGUCAAGCAUGUCUGACUAUGUGCCCACCGAAACCGAAAGCGAGCGUGAAACUCGUGAGGAAACCCGCUCACCGGAACCACGACUCAACCAUCAGAAUCCUCGCCAGACCCAAGCCCCGCCUAGCCGGACUGGUCCUAUCCGGAACACAACUCACCGGAAUGGUCGUCUGCCUGGCCAAUCAUAUCCGCCUUUGAGAGGUUCGGUAGCUGCCGCGGCGGCUUUUGCCCGGCAAGCCGGCAGACCCACAGCCGCGCCUACUCAGCCGACCAGGUCUGGGCGAGCAGCCUUGAUUCCAAGUGUUGGAGCCGCCGAGAGACUCGCCCGGCGCUCAGUCCCUCCCUUGGGAGACGUUGCGGACCCAGGAGAAGUGCGAGUCGAUGCUUCCACUGGAUUCCCUAAUGGUAUCAUUGACUUGACUCACCUGGAUGAGCCUGUCAAUGAAGAGUAUGUACAAGAACUCGAAGGGUUGUUUGAACUCAGGCGCGGGUACGCUGCAGUUGGCGAGUCACUAGCAUAUGUGGCACCUCCCCGUCAGCAUGCCACUCACCUUUACAGCCAGCUCGCAAUUUUGCAGGCCAUUGAGCGAUACCACAAUGCCGUACUGGCUGUACCGCGAGCAGCCGCACUCCCGGAGGUCACUCCGGCAAACCAGGCUCAGCAAUUCCAAUAUGCCCCGGUUUUCAAAGAUUUUGUCAAGCGAAAGGCUCGUGAGCUUCUCAUGACCAAGAACUUGAAAGUAUAUGGGUCCGACCUUCCCCGCGGUGCCCCGGCGACGCUCAAGAGCUUGCUUGUCCUUGUCUUGGAUCACAUUAAUGCUCAGCCGACAAGCUUUAAGCGAGAGUAUCUCCCACGAGGCUAUGCUGACGGCGAUCCAGGGGCUGUUGCCAGUGUGGAUAGCUUAGUACGGAACAAGUUGCGAAAAAGUCGGGGCAUGAUGCGUGACCUGCUCCUGACUAACAUUCAAGCUCCGGCCGGGAGAGAAAUCACACUUCCGAUACCCACUGCCUCGGCGUUGAUGGUAAAUAUGCGUACAAGUAUGACUCCUCCAAUCCCGAACAGCACUGCAGUGGUUGCUCCUGACCCUCAGGAGGCCAGGGGGAAUCAGACCCACUUGAAGGCUCGUCUGGCUUACCUUCGUAUAUUAACUGUUAUGCAGUUGGUGGGCAGGGGGCCCCGUGACGCUGGACGACAGUGGAGGAAUAUUGAUGAGCAUUUGCGACAUUUGGAGGCGAUGGGUCGAGACUAUCGAACCGUCUUUUUCCGGCUUAUCUUGAGACUGGACCGAGCUCUCUUCAAUGGGGAUCAAUUCUUCCUCGGGAUCGACACCAGCACAAUCAAACUGCCAACCAACCAGGAAGUGGAGGAUCUGAUGGCAGCCGCGGGAGAAGGUGUCGACCAUGAGGACGCUACAUUGGCUGAACCCUAACGAUGUAAGCUAUCUUUCCAGGGCUAACCCAGUUCAGGCAGCUGGCUGUCUUUUGUCUUACAUCCCUCGUUUGUCGGUGUUGUAUCUCCUCGUGAAACGUUGCACACAUCACAUUUCUAUUGCAUUCUGGUUACCUCGCUGGUUUUCUUACGUUGUACAUAUCUUCUCUUUUUGCUUUGUAUCUUUUCUUCUCAACAUUCUUUCUUACUUUGUACAUACAUAUUCGGAUCUCUUCCUUCACUCUCUUCUACCUUGUUCAUAAUCCUGAUGCGUCAAUAGUUGGAUAAAGAUCAAAGUCCGUUUCUUUGCUUAACACUCUGUCGCCACCAAAUUGGGUGAGAGUGUAACCGAGCCCCUCGCUCUUCAAGAUUCCAG